AUGCUCGACGGAACUCGGCUGCGACAGUCCUGGUAUGAAGCGUUAGAGAAUGCGCAGACCACAUUCAGGCAGCAUCUCACUUCGCACUCGGCGCCGGAGUGGAAGCGGGUUAAUGUUGAAGGUUCACAAUCUAGCGUAAAGGGCAAAGGAAGAGCCUCGGCAGAGCCUCAUCUCACUGAUGUCUUGCUCCAUCGCAAAGUAGUCAAGGGAGAGCCUGUGUAUCGAGCAGUCUUAGACGUGUCGGCAGCAGAUGAGGCGACUUCGACACUUGAGGCAUGCAAGGCCGUACUGGCGACACCGGAGUUGAGGAAGGAAUGGGAUACUGCAGUGGAAAGGGCGCAGUUGCUUGAGAUGUUUGAUCAGGCAACGAGGAUAUCGAAGACGAACUUUACGCUGGGUUGGCCCGCGAGUCCCAGAGACGCUGUCACUAUUUCACGAACAUUUAAUGAUGCAACGACCCUCAUCGACAUAUCUACAUCUCUCCCUCGUUCACCUGAUGAACCAACCUACCUGAGACCUUCCCCGCCCUAUGUUCGCUCUCAAGUAGGUCUCUUUGCUUGGUGUAUACAACAAGUCCAACAGGCGAACGGCACCUCUCGUCUCCGUUUCACCUGCUUUUGGCAGCACGAUCUCCGCGCCUUGUGGAACUUCGGCACCACUUUUAGUUUCGGACAGCAGCUCUGUGCGAUGAUGGUCGGCUUCUACAAGACUGUCAAGACCCGUGGUCCCCGUAUACCUUUGCUUACAGGGUACGGCAACGGCGUAUCCGUGGAGCGAGUUCGUUUCCAAGUUGACAGGGAAGCUCUGACCGUGGACUACUCUAUCGUUCCCGAAGACGAUGAUCAUUCGAAACAGACGCAUGCCCUUCCUGGUGAACAAGGCCUGGAAGAGUUGUCUGCAAUCCGAGAGCAUCGGCGACUGACCCGCUCGGUUGAGUGGGCAUUGCCUUCUGGUGAGGGCUGGGACGUGCAGGUCACCACCAAGGCAUCCUGUGAUCAGGUUGCUCACCUGCCAUGGACGGCCCAUGCUUUCCGAGACAAGUCGUCGUUGAGUACCAACAAGAACAAGGACAAAGUGGUGCUCAGUGUGAAACACGCGUCUCUUCCAAACGACCACUCGGUGCUGAAGGUUCGCGUCGUUAUCGAGGUCUCUGGCCCAUCGAGCGGAUGGCGUCUAAACGGCAUACCGCAAUCAAUCGAAGAAGUGGAGGAGCGCGACCCUUCGUACUUCAUGUCCAAGUCCAUUCUGCAGGACACAACGAGCUUGGCCGAUGUCAGCUUCCGGUCCCAGUCGACCCAAAACACAUCUACUACCAUCGGCACAUCCAGUACGUCGACGAUUCCAGAGCCUCCACCAAUUGCGAAGGUGACUACCGAGCGCCCGGCCGCUGCGGAGCGGUCCAUACUCUCUCGUGUCAAGAGAAACUAUAUUUACUUCUCGUCAUUGCUUCAAGAACCGGAAGCUAAGUGGAAGCGGACUACCGAGGCCAAAGGCGUGUCGGUAGCACAGCUGGAUUCCAUUGACCCGACCCUCGUGGUGUAUAGGGCGGAAGCGACGUUCGUGGGCCUUGGACUUUGGGACCUAUACGCCGCCAUAUCCACGCCCAGUGCUCGAGUGUUUUGGGACAAGCUGUAUGACGACGCAGCAUUUCUGGAGGACGUUAACCAGCUCACCGAGCUGUGGCAUCACAAAUCAAAGCCGGCUUGGCCAGUAAAUGGUCGGGAUGCUGUCGUGCUGAAAACGGUGUACAAGUCACCAACUACUAUCCACGUAUUCUCGUUCUCCGCGGACGAUCCAAACCUGUUCCCAAUGAUACCUCCAGUCGAUCCUAACGUAAUCCGUACCCAAGUUGACCUGCAAGGAUGGGCAAUAGAAGCACUUUCGCCUACAACGACUCUCGUCACACUCUUGGAGCAGUCAGACCCAAAGGGCUGGUCGAACAAAGGUUCAAUACCACAGCAAAUGAUAUCCUCUGUUGCAGGCAUCGGUGAAUUCGCGAUCAAGUGUGGCGGGCCACCCAUUGUUACCCGUCUUGAAGGCGCGAAGGCGAACGACAUGCGGUACGACCAUGACAAGGGCAGCUUCCGGAUUGAAUAUGAGGGCAGCCCGAGCCGAACAUCGUCAGCUAACUCUGAGACGAACAACGAAAUGCCCUCGACCCCAACGCCCAUGGUUGAAUGCGAGCUCCGCUGUGACCUGGACAACUGGGCGACUUCGCUCGAUAUAGUCAUCGAUCCUCCACCACAGGCGAUCGUGGCCUUGAGGCGGCAUCGCCUUUCAUCGGCAGGCGGCGGCCUCUGGCUCACCAUCACACACGACGCUAUUCACGCAGGCGACGAACGUCUCCAGGUAAUCGUACGGCGAUCUCCUCAAGGCGUCGCAAAGGAGAAGGGGUUGGUCAUGGUCAAUGGUGCAAAGGUAGAGGUGGACGUUGAAGAGCUGCUAGAUAAGGAGAUGAAGAAUCUUGCGAAGCAGAAGCGGAUUAAGCCCAUCCGCAUACCGCUCGAUCAGCCGCCCGUCAUGGGCGUCAUCCGACGGCGCAAGGCAGAGUGGGACGCCGACGAGAGCAACACGGCUGAUGAUGGCACAUCCUCAUCGGCACCUGCGAGCCCAGAACAGCUUUCGACCUCAACUCCGGCAUUUGCGACGGCGCUCACCAAAUACUGGAGCUACGCCGUCGAACAAGCAACCACGACGACACAGCAGGCCGUUGCCGCCGUCACCCCAGCGAUCGCAGCUGGCGCAGAUGCGACGCCGUCCGCUUCUAAGCCACCGAUGCAGUACGCGCUCGAGGCCUUGUCGUACCUCCAAGGUUUGCACUCGCGACCCGCGAGCGACAGCUGGACGUUGGCCGCCGGCAGCGGCUUUCCGGUGUAUCGCAAAGUUGAGCCGGAGAUCUCAGCUGUCAUUCCGGUCCACAAGGCGGAGAAGGUUAUCGAAGGGGUCUCCGCAGACGAGAUUGCGAACGUUCUCGCGAGCUAUGAGUCGAGGAAGCAAUGGGACACACGCUUCGACUCUGCGAAGGUCUUUGAGUCGUUCGGAUCGCUGUCUUAUACCGCAUUUGCUGUCCACAGGGCAGGGUUCCCCUUCCGUGAUCGUGGUUUCUACUUGGCAAACUUGCUCGCGCAGGCCAAUCUUCCCCGACGACCCGGUGGCGACCCAGAGCAUGCGAGCGACAACAGGACGGCGAUCUUCCUCGUAUCCGCAUCUUUCUCGCCAGAGUCCGUCGAGUCGUUUGCACAAACGAAAUACAACCCACAACAGCUGCCUGUUGGUCGUGUCUUUGUUGACGGGUGGAUCUUGGAGACGCUGGACCCGUACAGCUCGGAGAACUACGCCAUUCCAUCGACAAGAUGCACGAGAGUCGUCGCUGUCGACUAUGCCGGCUCGAUUCCUGCGGCGGUGAAUUCCAGCGUCAACGCGUCCUUACCGAGGAGCAUUAUUCAGCUAGAGAGCUAUUUGAAGAAUAUUUCACCACCACCGUUUACACGCAUACCACCAUCUGGCCUGCUGAUCUCAAGCAAGACGGAAUCAGACUCGAGUGAAGACUCGUGGAUUGUCCGGAGACGAGACAAGGACCGUAUUCUGGUGGCGGCGAAGUUUACCCCUGCGGAGCGAUCCUAUCGCAGCACAUUAAUGCUCGAUACAUCGCGCAGAAGGUCUGAAUCACCGACGCUCAACAUGGCUGAGCGCACACCAAGGCCGAGUUCGAUGACCGUGCGCCCGCAGACACCGUCGCGUGUAGACGGCGCAACUCCCGGCUCCGAACCGGAAUCACCUUCGGCUUUCGCUCCACGAAGCCCGCCUGCGACGAGGCGCUCUGACUCUCGCGAUAUGCGUUCGUCGUCGAUGUUUACCGUUCGCGGAGAAGUCAAGUACCCGACGGACCUCUUGGUCGGCGAGCUGGUUGUGGACACUAAACUCUAUCCGGCUGGCUAUGCAGUCGUGCUACGUUCUAGGAUUGACAAGGGCAAGCAGAGUCUAUCGCUUUCGUCGCUAGGUGAAGACCAAGUCAGCGCGAACGCGCUACCCAUCUCUGUUGCCGCUUUCACCAUGCCCCCGUCCCCACUGUUGUCCUCGGGCCUCAACACAGAUCGCCCACCAUGCCACUUGCUGCGGCUUACACUGCCCACUGCGCAGUACCAGGUGUCCACGAUCCAGGAUCCGCUGACCGGCGAGACGCGCAGCGCACCGCCUAAACCUCAGUGGGUGCUCGACCUUGAGGACGGCCGGGCGGUCAUUUCCGUCGAAGUCAAGCCCGCUGCUUUGCCUUCCGCAGAAAAAAAGGACAAGCUCGACAGCAUUACAGUUGAUGGGAAGGAAGUCGCGGUCCUGAGCGAGAAGGAAUCUCUGACGAGCAUCGGCAGAGAUGAACUUCUUGAUGGGCGUACAUCAAAGAUGGACUUGCUCGUGAGGACAGCAUCAAAUGAGGCGGUUCCACCAGAGCUGCAGUCGCCGAUAGCGGUGACGACUCAUCUCUUGGACAAAGCUCCUUCUCCUGCGACAGAUGCGUCCACAGACGACAGCACUGUAGGCCAGGCCGCGGACACACCACCUGCCACUUCACUCGAGUCUGAUGAGAAGGUACCACUGGUAAUGACGGCUUCCCACGAUGGAGCUGCCGCCGACGGUGCGAGCAGCGGCCUUCUACGCUUCCUCAAUUCAUACCCGAACCCUCUGACGCGGUUCACGGCGCCUUCUCGUCCGCUUCUCAGGUCGUUAUCGGGCUCGACAACCGUUUCCGUGCAGUCGUCGAAGCCCCCGGGCGCUUUGCCGGAACUUUCGAGUCCAUCUGUCGCGACGCUGUCUGCGCCGCGCGAGAACGUACCUGCGUACCCGCUCUCGACCGUUCUCAUCGCUGCGCUGAUAGCGUUCCUGAUCGGUUCGCUGCUGCGCUCGAUGCUAAGCCCGGCAGAUUUUGUAUAUGUCGUCUCAGACCCUAGCGAUGUCGGGGACGUGAGCUCGGGCUGGCGUGAGAUUCGACGACUGUUCGAGUUGAAGUAUAUAGUUGGUGGAUGGGACUUCCAGGUUGCUCUUGUGCGGCGGCACUAGGGAUUUGCAUGUAGCAUUCUAACCUAGAGGAUCUAAUAUGUGCGCCGUUAUCUGUACUCCUCCUAUACCCUUGUACUCCCUGCAUAUACUACUACACCAUCAUCUGCUCUAAAGAGGAAUAUCGUG